AUGGACGGUCCCGAGCGCCUCUGCCAGAAGGCUAUCCGCAGCGCCUCGAAUGAUGCUGUUGCGCCAUCGAUCGUUCCAAUCGUCAAAGGUGAUGACGAGGACCUCGACGCUUGUCUGACUCAGAAUCCGGUACAGAUCCUAGAACGCGAGUUGAUCCACGAUGUCCCAAAGGAUCCUGUUCUCGAGACCAUCUUUCGCCAUAUCAAUUCUCAUGUGCUCGAUACGCGCGUCGCCGCCUACCUGAAACUCAACUACAUCAGACUUGCAGCUAUUCAUGCUAUCAAAGAAGCCGAUCAAAAAGAAGCGGAUCUGAUACUGGCUCUUCAGACUUUGGAGGUUGACACUACCAAGUACACCAUCUAUAUGAGAGAUGGACUAGCCCACAAGGCUCAAAAGGCUUGUCGUGCUCUGGCGCAGAAAUACGGCAGGCUGCGAAAAACUCUGCGCUCAAGCUCAAGCAGUUUAUACGCGACUCCAGGGUUCAAUAAGAACCUCGACUCGUGCCGUUCCCAUGAGUUUCGCGUCCUUGUUAUCACUCAUCUACACCUCGUCGGUGGCACUCCAUCGCAUCAUCAGAUGUUGAAGAGACCUAAGCGUACGUCUUACCAGCAAUAUCUCACUCUGCUCCCCGACUUCCUCAGCAUCACUAGAUGCAAACAAGUCGGCCGUCUGGGUUUCUCGACCAAGGCUCCUACGGAUGGUCCAUGGCUUUUCCAGCAUGCGGCAAGUCUGGAAGCGCUUGAAAUUGGUUGUUGGACAAAGCUAAGCGAAGAAUCUUACGACGCUUUGAGACGUCACACUGACCAGGUGGUCUUCUUAAUUCACGCCGACGAUCAAGCUAUGCCAUUGCGCAUUGCAGCAAAGGUUCAAAGCCACCCGCGAGAGUGGAAUACCUGGUCUGCUCCUAUCACCUGCGUCACCACUCUCGACGGGUCCCUCAAGCUGUCACCUCCUGACUUCUUACCCGGCCCGAUGACAGGCUCUGUGGCAGCCUUGCUGCCUCUCACCGAUGCACCCCGUGCCGCCACCUUCUCUCUGGCUUCGCACACAACCUGGAAGCGUACAGGUUCACAAACCUUUGUUGAAGAGGAGCAGCAUACCAAGAAGCUCAAGGACCAGGCCUAG